AUGGCUUCGCCCGACCUCGAAGCUGCCACCGCGUUGAAGGUGCAGGGAAAUAAGGCAUUUGCUGAUCAUGAAUGGCCGACAGCUGUGGACUUUUAUACCCAGGCAAUUCAGAAAUAUGAUCACGAACCCUCGUUCUUCAGCAACCGAGCUCAGGCACAUAUCAAACUCGAAGCCUAUGGCUUUGCGAUAGCCGAUGCCACCAAGGCCUUGGAACUGGACCCUUCUUAUGUCAAGGCAUAUUGGAGACGAGCCCUUGCGAACACCGCUAUCCUGAACUACCGCGAGGCCCUAAAAGACUUUAAAGCCGUGGUGAAGAGGGAACCCAACAACCGUGAUGCCAGAAUCAAGCUGGCGGAUUGUGAGAAGCUUGUGCGUCGACUGGAGUUUGAGAAGGCCAUCGAGGUAGCAGAUCCGCCUUCGGCCUUUGAAGACUUGAACAUCGAUGCGAUUGCCGUCGACGCCAGCUACGACGGAGUACGGUUGGAAAAAGAGAUGACGCAGGAGUUCAUCGACGACAUGAUCAAGCGGUUCAAGAAUGGCAAGAAGAUCCAUCGCAAAUAUGUCCUUCAGAUCAUCAAGGCCGUCAAGGACAUUGUUUACGCAGAACCCACAAUGGUCGAGAUUGGUGUGGACCAAGGCACGAGAUUGACGGUGUGCGGUGAUACCCAUGGCCAAUUCUUCGACCUGUUAGAGAUCUUCCGCUUGAACGGAUACCCAUCGGAUACGCACGCGUAUCUCUUCAACGGCGAUUUCGUGGACCGUGGGUCGUGGUCUACGGAAAUUGCAUUGCUCCUCUACGCCUACAAGUGGCUCCGACCCAAUGGAAUUUUCCUCAACCGUGGAAAUCACGAGACAGAUGAUAUGAAUAAGGUCUACGGCUUUGAAGGCGAGUGCAAGGCCAAGUACAACGAGACUGUUUUCAAGGUGUUCUCUGAGUCGUUCUCUGCCCUACCCCUGGCCACUCUGAUCGGCAACAAGUAUCUGGUCCUUCACGGUGGUCUUUUCUCCGAUGACAACACUACCCUGGAUGAUAUCCGGAAGCUGAACCGUCACAACCAACGGCAGCCGGGUCAACAGGGACUGAUGAUGGAGAUGCUGUGGACCGAUCCGCAGACAGAACCUGGCAGGGGACCAAGCAAGCGCGGCGUCGGUCUUCAGUUCGGCCCGGAUGUGACGAAGCGAUUUUGCGAAAAGAAUGGGCUGGAGGCUAUCAUUCGCUCCCAUGAGGUUCGCAUGGAAGGCUACGAGGUCGAACAUGAUGGCCGGUGUAUUACCGUAUUCUCAGCUCCCAAGUAUUGCGACACCACAGAGAACAAGGGUGCGUUUAUCAAAAUCGGUCCGGAGCUCAAAUUGGAGUACCAAGUGUUUGAGGCAGUGCCUCACCCUGAUAUUAAGCCGAUGGCUUAUGCGCAAAACUCGAUCUUGUCCAUGAUGUGA